GGUCGUAUGGUGGUCCCGGUGAUUCUACUUGGAGAAACUUGGAUAAAAACCCGAUUGAAAAUCCGACAAGUCAUAAGUCUUUCGUCUUGUGCCGGGGAAAGGGACGUUGUUUUCCUGUAGAAAAUGAAAAUACUCGCGGUACUCGGCACGUUCGCGGUUUUAAUCGCCGGUCAGGAUACGAAAAUCGUGGUGUUCCCGCCCACUUCCGGAAAUGGCUCGUCUUUGGAGACGGAAAGUAAAAUUGACCCGGCGCUUCAAUCGGAUAUGACGCGAUCAAUCUUUGCGACCCUCGCACCGCCGCCGCCGCCGCCGCUACCGCAACCGCAGCCGCAGCCACAGCCGGCGAUGCCCUGGGAUUACUUUUUCCCCGUGCCUCAACGAGCGUUUCUGCAUCACAGAAGCGAAAAUAUACCAUAUGGAUACGAGUAUGGCAAUCCUGCAUAUCCAGUAACGCACUCGAUAGGGCACUCCAUCGGUCCAACAUCGAAACAGCUUGUAAUAGUCAGUUUCAUCGGUCUCUUGCUGCUUUUGGCGAUUAUACAGAAUACGCUUAGCGCUGUUAAGCGGAAAGAUACGAUAAUAGAUCUAUUAUCAUCCAGGCAAAAGCGGGACGUUUACGCUACGCAUGAUUUUCAUUCCGUGACCCCGGAGGAAGAAGAGAUACUUAACAGCGAUGCCAGAGUACGAUGCAUACAGAGGACGAUCUGUCUUGAAAAUCGCAAGCUCUUUAAAGAUUUGGGCGCACCUGGUGAAAUGCUGGCAAAAUACUUGACGAAAGACAUAGAGAAAUCGUUCAAGUUAUCCUCGGGUUGGGAUCGACUCGUGAGAGAUGCAGGUGCAGCGGGGAUUCGAGGCGAGAACUGUGAUGUACUUUAUAGAGAUUGCGAGAUUCCCGUAACGAAGAAGAUACAUAAAAAAAAUGUCCUAACAAACAUAAAAGGUCACGAUAAUUUUAAUUCAACUCGUUAAUAUUUCAGAAGUUAUGAAACGCUUUAUUUAUACUUUUGCCUCGUGACAAACGUGAAUCAAAUUAUGUGUACCUAUCUGCUAUUUUAAAUAAAUCGAGAAAUUUUUAAUAUCUCAAAAUUAGUAUUUGUCUUCAGAAAACAGGAACAUAACAUUAACAUUAAUUAACUAAUGUGUACACGUAUCGAUAUACUCUUUCCGAUGUAUUGUG